CUCGAGAUUAUUUUAAAUCUACAUAAAAAUACACCCCAACAUAUUAAAAAUGAACGGAAAAAAAAAAUGUUAGUAAUCGAAAUCUCGGCAAGAAGCGGUACUCACAGGAAAUAGCAGGAUACGACGAUCUUUGUCAACGCCUACCGACGGAAAAGAAGGGCAAUUCGCGGGGAGGCCCUCACGUAGCCACCACAGCCAUACUUCUCAAUGUACCGUGACUUCUCGACAUACCCGCGGGUAUUGAUCCGUACAGAGACGGUCCUUGAAGCGAUGGUGCAGUGAAAAACCCUGGUGGCUAGUGGGACCGACAGAAUGCUAAUGUCGCAGACCAAAGAAAAAGCUUUUUUUCCGGUAUUCGUAUUCUGACCAGCCAGUCCCAGGAACGGAAAACAAGCUCAUGAAGAAACGACAACCUGUAGAUCGGCCAUAGUGGUCAGAACACCUGGCUGGAGACGUCCGGUUUGCCAACGGGCUGGAAUUGGCGAAGAAGCAAUGUAUGAGCACUUGCUCCGUCUGAAGCUCACUUCACAUUCUAGCUGGCAACGUAAGCACGCUGCUACUCCAACAGCGCGCAGUAGUUCUUCUCGACGUCUCCAUUUGUUGACGGGGGGUGGCGGGGUGGCGUGAACACCGCAUAGCAAAGAACCCUAAGUGUCCAGCUAUGCGAUAUGGUGCGAUGGUCUGAGACACACGACGGCAGCUGAAUAUCCACAUCGUCAUGCUCGCAGACUGUCAUACCUCGCAAAUCACCUAUCAAAUUCGUGUAGACCGCUGGCAGUCAUCAGUAUCCCAAUAAACACAAAGUGUCAAAUGUUUUUUUUUGGCGACGCGUCGACGCGGCCACAGAUAAAGUUUUUGUGUUUAUUUAUUUACUUUAUCUAUAUGGAGGAAAUAUUUGAAAAAUCGCAGCUAGAGAACGAGCAGCCAACGUCCAAGGAGCCGGAGCCCGCCCUAAAGCCUGUGGAUGUGAUGUCCAUUAAAAAUGCUGCGCAGUACGUCAACCAGAAGCUUUCCGCCAAAGGCUAUUUCUCGAACAAACCAAAUAAACUGAGACAGCUGCUCCUUCUGAGUUUGGAUAGCUCUCAAUUGAUUCCGGAGAAUGCAGAAAAUUUCGAAAUCAGCGAAAAGGUGUACGAAAAUGACAGAAACGUGAUGAACAUCAUCUACUCGCUGCUGAACUCGGCAGAGAUCUCUAAACAGUUCAAAGAAACCGCACUAAAAAAAAUGGCUGAUAAGGACGCCGAGAUCGAACUGCUCAAAAACGAAGUGGAAAAACUCAACAAAAAGGUCGACGAGAAGGAAAGAAAUAUCCAGUCUCUCCAACUGGAUAAGAUCAAGUCCGAUCUGCAAGCGAAACAUUACCAAGCCAUGCUCAAUAACGUCAACGCCAAAAAUAAAGAGCAGGAGCGCACAUUUAGAUUAUAUGCAGAAGAGGUGAAACGAGAGUUACGCAGAAACGAAAUGGAGGUGGACAGACUCGAAAGCAGGCUGUCCAACAUGAAUAAGCGCAGAGCCAGCCCAAGGGACGACGCGGAAGCUGAGCCGAAAAGACAGAAAUUCGACAACGACCGGUUUUUGUCGUUGGUCAAAGAAAACUCGCAUUUGCAACACGAUCUAAACAAACUGGUCGGCGUGCUAUUGAGGUUACAAAAAUUCCUAAAAUCGUUCGGCCAGUUGAACUCCAACAGUAAGGUGCCAUCCACCUUUAUUCCGACCGACAGUGAGCUUCUGGCCAUAGAUCACCAUAAUUUUGACCUGCAGAAAUACGAUUUGAUACUAUUUGAUCUUCUCAAGCCUCUGAAUGGCGACAGCAUUGACGACACGUUCAAGUUCAAAAAGAAUAACCAGACAGACAAGGACCAGGAAAUUGCUAGUUUGCGAAAUCGGCUCUCAGAAAUGGAGCAGAACUACGAGCGCGUGCUGGCAACGAUGGAACAAUGGAAAACGUAUCGCAAGCAGAAAUGAUAAUUUUUAUGCUACACGGUGGUGGUUGACGGUUUCGAGGGAAUCUCAAAUAGUUGGUAGUAGUCCACAAGCCGUCCAUCCAAAUUUGCUUCCCCCAUUAUUGGGAGCUUGAAGAAAUUGCGCCAGCUAUAAGGUUCGGCUUCUGUUUUGACGAAAAGGAAGUCUAACCAGUUCUGCCAGAUUCCGUAGUCGAAAGUGGCAGGACUAGAUUUGUGCUGGAUAAGGUCAUCACUGACCAUCAAGAAUUGGUUCAGUCCGAUUAGUCUCGCACACUUGGAGUUGGUCACGAAGUUUGGAAGACAAACAAACCUGCGCAAUCCGGGCAAUUCCACAUCUUCGUUAUUCAAAUCGUUGGUCUCAUCAGUGGGCACUGAAGAGAAAUUGUUGCCGGCAGAGGUGUGCAUGUUACUGAGUUCGUAGCUGGUGAGUCCUUUGGAAAUCUGCAACGCUUGAACUAUCAGGAGUAGGGACAACCACGAAAGCUGGAAUAGGGUCCAUAUUGUCAGAUUGAAGACGAAAGGAGAUGCAUAUGACCCAGCACACGUAUCCUCGUCAAAAAUGUAGCAUGAAUGUUCCAGAUCGUCCGGAACGUCCAGUUCAUCAAAGUAUUUUCUGGCAAGCUUAUAGUAAACGAUGAUUGAGAUUUCAAGCGCUGCACAAAAUCCGAAGAAUAACUUGUGGUUUCUGACUCCGACAUCGUUGUUGAUCCAGGGACAGUAGUGGUCGAAUUUAGCCACAUUUCUAUUUUUGAGCCUGUUGAACUUGGAUCUUAGAGGCUUCCUGAUGGAGGUGUAGAGACAGAAGUUCCUGGAGUCGAAUUUCCGCAGAUCAAUCAGGUCUCUGAUGGUGGCUUUUAUUUUCUGUUUAUCUUGUUCAGCGGGGAUGAGGCCUGGAUCAAUAAUCAUCGCCUUGACAAAAGAUGCCAUUGUACAGAAGGCAGAUAUCAGAAACACCAGGUUGAGCAGCGGUCUAUCGGAAAAAGUAUUUGGCAGAAUCAUAAAUAACCAGGUCAACACGCACCAAAAUGCACUUCCUGAGAACACGCCUGCAAAGAGCGAGGAUUUUUGAAGCGCGUUGGGCGAUCUGCUGAAAUUAGGCACGAUAAUCACCUGGAGAAUGAGAUUUUGCAACCCCAAUAUAAUCACCAAUAUGAAAAUGUCUAAUAGGAUAAUUCCGCUGGUCAUGGAGUACAAACACAGAGGAACCCCGAGGUACGGGAACACAAAAAUGAUGCGGUCGGCAACUUUCGGAGAAAUGCGUCUGGUCACUUUAGUCCCGUCUGGAUUGAUGUCGCACUCUUUGAGAGCAGUUUUCAGCAUACUCGUACAGUUCAUGUCUGCGGCGAUAUCCCACGAAGAUUUGUUGUCGUUCGUCCGGUGGUUGAGAUCGCUUCCGUGUUCAAGCAACUUGACAAGAAUCUGCUUGACAGGGUGAACGAGAGCCCAGUUGAGGGCGGUAAAGCCUGUCUCGUCCACGAGAGACAGAUUGGCUCCCAAGCGGACCAGAACCUCCACGGUGAAAGGAUCUCCCUGAUAGGCGGCCCAAUGUAAUGCUGUGCGGCCCUUUGGAUCAGCCGCGUCGAUAUGCAAAUCAGUGAAGUACAGAAUGUAGAUAACCAUCAUGACGUUGGAAGAGUGCACAGCCAAAUGCAGGCAAUUAAAGCCCUGGUUGUCAAGAAUGGAAUAGUCUGCCCCGCAUUGCGUGAUCAGAUAAUCCGAAAUGUAUACCAGGCCGUAUCUGCAAGCCCAUUGGAGCGGCGUCGCGUCGAGAUCUCCUCCCUUAUGAUUCACCUUGGCACCUUUGGACACGAGGUACUUGAGAGCAGUCAGUUUGUUGUUGAUAGCACACCAAUGCAAAGCACUAACGUUGUCGUCCAGCAUGUCAUUCACGUCCACCUUGUGAUUCUCCAACAUGUCAGUCAGAACGCCAAGAUCGCCACGCUGAGCAGCCCCCAUAUACGUCUCGAUAAGCUUUGUCUUUUCUUCGUCCUUGGACAGAUCGACCUCGUGCAAGGCUCCCACCGAGGCGUGGUCUUCCGAUCCUUCUGAUUUCUUAAGCAUCGCGUCGUCUUCAGCAGUCUGCACAUCCGCCAAAGAGUCAAGUUCUGUCUCUCCCUGGGAAGACAUGGUAAAUUCAGU